AGCAGCCAACGGAGAGUCAACGGAGAGUUGACAGGAACAACAUCACUGCGCCGAGUGCACACAUUAUUUAUGGGUUGCCUCACUUAACAAGAAAAACCCUUUGUUUAUUGCGCUAGCGAGUGACAGUUAAUUGAGAAGAAAGGGCAUACAACAACGAGAUGUACCAUCUGUGACAUUCAGUAUGCUGGCCUUUUGGACGUGAAGAGACUGAAGACAACUUGAGUCAGUGAGACCUUGAACCUACGUUAGGGGAAGAGAUGGGAAACACAGCGACCAAGUUCCGCAAGGCUCUCAUCAAUGGGGACGAGGUGCUGGCCUGCCAACUGUAUGAGAGCAACCAGCAGUUCAAGGAGGCUCUGGAUCCUAACUCUACAUACGGAGAGUCCUACCAGCACAACACUCCACUGCACUAUGCUGCCCGGCACGCCAUGACACGCCUACUCAGGUAUUUUCUCCUAAGCAAAGAUGGGAAUCCUAACAAGCGUAAUGUACACAAUGAGACAUCUCUGCACCUUCUCUGCAUGGGGCCCCAGAUCAUGACAUCCGAGGGAGCACUGCAACCCCGGAUCUCACGGCCAUAUGAAGACAAACAGCGUCGGGCAGAAUGUCUACAGAUCAUCCUGGCAUGGACCGGAGCAAAGCUGGACCACGGAGAGUAUGAGAGAGCGGAUAUCAAUGCCAUUGACAACAAGAAAAACACCUGCCUGCACUAUGCUGCUGCCUCGGGCAUGAAGACUUGUGUUGAGUUCCUGGUGCAGAGAGAAGCAGACCUGUUUGCGGAGAAUGAAAACCGCGAGACUCCAUGUGACUGUGCAGAGAAGCAGCACCACAAGGAGUUGGCCCUGUGCCUGGAGUCGCAGAUGGUCUUCUCUCUUGCCCCCGAGGCAGAGGGUAUAGAGGCGGAGUACGCAGCCCUUGACCGAAGAGAGCUGUAUGAGGGCCUGCGGCCUCAGGAUCUACGGAGGUUGAAGGACAUGCUGAUAGUGGAGACAGCUGACAUGCUGCAGGCCCCUCUUUUCACUGCAGAGGCGCUGCUACGUGCCCAUGAUUGGGACAGAGAGAAGCUCUUAGAGGCCUGGAUGAGUAAUGCUGAGGAAUGCUGCCAACGCUCAGGGGUACAGAUGCACAACCCUCCUCCAAGUGGCUACAAUGCCUGGGACACCUUGCCCUCUCCUCGGACGCCACGCACCACCCGCUCCUCCAUCACCUCCCCAGACCAAAUCAGUCUCAUGCCUACGGAUGAGGAGUCUUCUCUGUGUGGUAUCUGUAUGUCUUCCAUCUCCGUCUUCGAGGAACCUGUUAACAUGUCCUGCGGCCACGAGUUCUGCAGAGGAUGCUGGGAAGGGUUUCUAAAUCUAAAGAUCCAGGAGGGUGAAGCCCACAACAUCUUCUGCCCAGCCUUUGAAUGCUACCAGCUAGUGCCUGUGGAAGUCAUUGAGAGUGUGGUAUCGAGAGAGAUGGACAAGCGUUACCUCCAGUUUGACAUCAAGGCAUUUGUAGAGAACAAUCCAGCAAUCCGCUGGUGUCCUGAGGCAGGGUGUGAAAGGGCAGUGAGACUAAACACCCAGGGCCCUGGGACCUCCUCCUCAGACCCAUUUAGCUUUCCCCUACUUCGUGCUCCUGCUGUAGAUUGUGGCAAAGGCCACCUCUUCUGCUGGGAAUGUCAAGGCGAGGCCCAUGAGCCCUGCGACUGUGAGACCUGGAAGUUGUGGCUACAGAAAGUCAAUGAGAUGAGACCUGAGGAAUUGGCUGGUGUGAGCGAAGCUUACGAGGAUGCAGCCAACUGCUUAUGGUUGCUCUCUAACGCCAAACCCUGCGCCAACUGCAAGUCCCCAAUCCAGAAAAAUGAGGGCUGCAACCACAUGCAGUGUGCUAAGUGUAAGUAUGACUUCUGCUGGAUCUGUCUGGAGGAGUGGAAAAAGCACAGCUCAUCAACAGGAGGCUACUAUCGUUGCACCCGCUACGAGGUCAUCCAGCAAGUGGAGGAGCAGUCAAAGGAGAUGACUGAAGAGGCGGAGAAGAAGCACAAGAGCUUUCAGGAACUCGACCGUUUUAUGCACUACUACACACGCUUCAAGAACCAUGAGCACAGCUAUCAGCUAGAGCAGCGCCUGUUAAAAACAGCCAAAGAGAAGAUGGAGCAGCUCAGUCGAGCCCUGAGUGGAAGGGACGGAGGCCCACCUGACACUACAUUCAUUGAAGAUGCGGUCCUAGAACUACUAAAGACUCGCCGCAUCCUCAAGUGCUCUUAUCCAUAUGGGUUCUUUUUGGAGCCCAAAAGCACAAAGAAAGAGAUCUACGAGCUUAUGCAGACUGACUUGGAGAUGGUGACUGAGGACCUAGCACAAAAGGUUAACCGGCCUUAUCUGCGGACACCACGCCACAAGAUCAUCCGUGCGGCGUGUCUGGUACAGCAGAAGAGGCAGGAGUUCCUGGCCUCAGUAGCCAGAGGAGUGGCCCCCAAUGACUCUCCUGAGGCCCCCAGGCGCAGUUUUGCUGGCGGAACGUGGGACUGGGAAUAUUUAGGCUUUGCAUCACCUGAGGAGUACGCAGAGUUCCAGUACAGACGGAGACAUAGGCAGCGGAGGCGAGGUGACAUGUCCAGUCUCCGUAGCAACACACCCGACCCUGAUGACCACAGUGACAGCAUUUCAGACACACAGGAUGUUGGAGGUGGACGUCGACAAGGUCCUCUGACGGGUCUAGGUUCUUUGGAUGACGAUGACCCUAAUAUUCUACUGGCCAUUCAGCUGUCACUCCAGGACUCAGGGAUGGCAGGGAGUGGGUCCAGCCAUGACGUCCUAGCCAACGAAGCCUCACUUGGUGCUAUCGGCACCUCCCUGCCUUCUAGGCUUGAACAGAGUACUCCAGGUGUAGAGGUCCUCUCCAGAGCUUCCCUAAGCAGCUCAGAACUGCUGGAGCUGGGAGAUAACUUGGCUCGACUUGGCAACAUCAGCAGUCAGUACUCCGCUGCCACUGGUGUCCACACCUCUGUACAGCACUGUGACAGUCACCACCGUGUCUACAGGGCUUCUGUGCCAAUACCAGUGGCUCAGGGUGGCAGCAACUCAUCAACAGGCCUCUUCUCCUCUUCCAGUGACACGAUAGAUUCGACAACAUGCGGCAGCCACGACCCAUCUUCGUCCUCCAUGUUGGCAGCAAAUGCUAACCUGCUAGGCAACAUCAUGGCUUGGUUCCACGACAUGAAUCCUCAAGGUAUCACCCUGGUCCCUUCAACCUCCUCUGACACUGACUCAAACCUCAGCGCACUCCAUGCAGGCGGAGGUGGGUGCCUGCAGGAUGAUGAGAAAGGCGGGGCCGUCCUAGCUGAAAACAGGAAACCUCAGGAAGUGAUGGCAGAUGUGGGUUUCUGCUCACAGAGACUGAGCAACAUGGAGGAGAAGGAGUGUGCUGUACCUGAGAGGCCGACCCAGUUAGAUCUAGUGGGGCUUGACACCAUCCCACUACCUUACAUGGCCACCCUUGACGCAAGUGGAGACCAUGCCAAACGGGGAGGCCAUGUCGACACUCCGCAGUGUGACUCCAUAUCCGAUCAGCUGGCCAGCACCAGCUCGUCUGAGUGGGAGGACCAAGUGCACUUGGUAUGAAGUGAUUGGCUGAGAUGGGAGGGAGCUUUUUUGGAAAGGCCAAAAAAACACUAUAGAUUGCAAAUUGAAUAUAGUUGAGGAAUAUUUGUUGUAGCUGUUCAGAUGGUAUGUAUACAGGAUGAAGAAUGUGUUCAUUGGAAAGUGGGGGAAGAAGUAUUUAGUGUAGUAUUGCAGUUAGAUCGGUUAUAUGCAUUUACUGUAUUGUCAGUCCCCCAACAACCAGCCCUCCUGCAAAGAAAGUACUAACUGUAGGAAAGAUUACAUGUCAUUACAAUUUUCAAGGAUAUGUUUCCUAAAAUAAUUGUGCAGUGAAUAUGUUGCUUUCUCUGAAAACAAUUUUAAAGGACAUAAGAGAUUAAGAGACUUAAGCGUAGUGCAGGUAUUUGUUUUUUCCUCCACUGGAGUAAAAGCCUACUGUAUGUGUCUGAAUCAGGUCUGAGGGAGGUUUUUCAACUGUACAUAUGAGCAGAUUAAUAUCUAGCUCCAGCAUUCAAUCUGUGGGGUACAGGCUGGAAAGUUGUCUCUUGCACCUGUCCAAAUCUGCCUACUUUAUAGGUGCCAAACACUGACGAGCAAAAAGCACAAUUUGCAGUCACCAAGUGGAUUCAAAGCAAGUUGUGCCUGCUUAUUACAAUCUCAACAACUCAGCUAAACUUAAAUGUGAAAGUCUCGAGCCAUAUUUUUGUUUGAGAUUGCGGCUGAGAUAUAUUUUCAAAUCUCACUAUCUAAAAGCUGUGGUGUGCUGUUUAAAUCUGUAGUGAAAGACCACAAUGGUUUAGUACUUCGUUUAGUGAAACAUUCACACAAAACAAUUUAGAUUCAUUAUUCUUCUAAAGAAAAGUUGGUGGCCUGCUCAAAAACAUUUCAAAAUUGAGAAGACAAUGGUUAUUCAUCCCAAAGCCUCAGUCUCACUUUCAAUGGGAAACGUCUUGUGAUCUUCAAAAACCACAAACGUUGACAGGCCCAGAGUGGCUGCUCAGUGACAUUCAGUUCAGUAUGUUCUGAAUCCCAUUGUUGCUUAAAUUAAUGUUUGAGUACUGCAGCUGACUGUGGAGCAUGACAGACUAAGUAGACAGUGAGUGGUCUUGUUUAUACACUGUGGGAAAGGCCAGUGAAAGAGAUAAUCAGGCAAUCACAUUCAGACUUUGGUGAAUUAAUUAAUCAAGCCCAAGUCACUGUAAUUUAUCUCUGGGUUCUAUUUAAGUGUUAAUGUAAGCAAAGCCUUGUUAGAGCUCUGCAGAUGUCCCGGGCUGCAGGGUAAUGCAUGGAGAAUUCAUGAAUGUGUAUUGCAUCUCAAACACAUGGGGGGGACCAUGUCUUUGAAACGGUUCUCUACGCAUUUAGAGAUAUAGUGCCUUUAUGUCAAUCACCAUUAUUUAAUUAUUUUUCACACGUUUUUCUGAGUGCUAAUUACACAGUAUUUACAGUGUAAACAAAACAAACACCUGUUACCUUAAAGUUAUUUCUCUCAUAAAGUUUAUAGUGGGCAAAUAUGAGAUCUUAAUUUCUUUUUUUUUCCAUCAAAAUAUUUGUAGCAUGAGGCUUUUUGUUGGUUCUAGUAGUAUUAUGUUAAUAGUUAACACUGAUUUUAUAUGAUUUGGUAUAAUGGGUUAAUGUCAAAUUUCAAAUCUUUUCCAAAUAUUUUUUAUUUCUUUCAUUUUUGUGUGCAGAAGGGCUUCUUGACCCGCAUUUUGAAACAGUUGGUUUUUCUGUGGUUUAGAAACUAAAAUCACUGUAUUGACUUUGGAAUGAGUUGACCUACUGUAUGUGUAUCAUGUAUCUUAUCUGAAGACACUAAAAUGGAGGAAAGUUGCAAUAUAAAGUAGGUAUUUAUUUAAAAUAAAUCUGAUCCAUUAAAGAAGAUGGAUUGUGAAUAACCAAUAUAAAAUGAAACACAUUGAUCAGUGUUUUACCUGUAAGACCUAAUUAUGUUUUUGCACAGACUAAUGUCUGACUGAAGUAAGUUAGCUUUUUUUUUUCUAGCAGACGUAUAGAGCCACAUUAAACCUAAGGAUAGUGAUUACUUUAAUAAGUGUCUUGAAGUUGUGAAACUGAGUGCCAUAGGGUUAGGUGAGCUUGGUUAAUGUAUGUGGGUUAAACAGGAUAUAACAUAUGUGGCCCUUUUUGUGUAACAGUUUGCUGUGCAUGGAAUGGGUAUAAUGGAAUUUGUACUUCCUUUGUAUUUCACCAAUACUGUCCAGGUGAUUUAUUUUAAAAUGACAUAACAUUUUGUAACUCAUUGAGGUUUUCUAUUGUAAAGCAACUAAUCCUUGAAAUGCUAUUUGCACUUUCAUAGUCUAUACUUGAUACAUUCCCUCUUUAUAUGAAAAAUGUUUGAUGUGUAAUGCCAAUAAACUGUGUUGAGUUUUAA